AGCACUUGCUUGUUGAGCUUACGGCCCGGUGGCUGGUCCAUUGAUUGAUUGCCGCCGUGUAAUGGUGUUUCCAAGAAGUAAAAGCGCUUACUCCCGAUAUGCAGAAGGCGACCAGGCUAUGGGUACCACUAGUCCCAACAAACGGCGGAUAUCUGAUGCUACGAGGAAUAUGCCUUCCAUCGACCCUCCUACGAAGAGAAUGCGUACCUCUGGAGAGUUUGGCGAAGAUCCUAGGAGCUACAAUCUCCAUACAGACCAAUAUACUGACGCCAAGGCGCAAUACCUGGCCGGCGUUGACUGUGGUCAACAGCAGGGAGCUCAGGAACAGCAGAGAAUGCUGCCUAAGCUAUCUUUCCAACAGUACCGGAUGAGAGAACAGCUUCGAGCGUACAUGGAGGAGGAGCUCCGACGUAUGCGCUGCGACCAAAAGCAUCGGUCUUGUGGGUGCAACUAUGAAGCGUGCUCGAAAGGUUCUACGGAUGGCGCAUAACGGGUUCGACUCGAGUGAUGCAAGUCCAUGAUAAAUAAUCUACUCGUGGGAGGAUGGAGUGUGGAGUCGUUCAGGAGACGGAGACUUCAGUUGGCGAUCUCCAUGGCUCACGUAUUACCCUGUACAGUUUUUCGAGCAAUACAAUGCGCUUGAAUUAUCAUCUACAAUUGCGUAACACUCAUUGUAUUGCGCGUACACGUGCAUUGUUUGCUGUGAAGAGAUGACGGUUGCAACGGAGAGACUUCACCCAAAGCACAUACUCACUGGCUACUAAUGGGUCUAACUUUGUAGUUUCGGUGCUACUGUGUUUGGUCGAAGGCACCUUCCGUCUCAGUCACAUCGCUUGC